UUGUUUGGCUCCACCCACUAAGCGAGGCAGUAGAGGGAACCUCCGAGAUCAGUCAAAGAAACAAUAGGCUAUUAAACUGAUCUGUAUAAUUCAGUGUUCUGUUUAAACAGCAACGAGUCAGUCAGACUUCUAGGAGCGAUCGACGUUCCACAACGACAGGAAUCGGACUGAUUAUUCUGUCAUUAAAUUGGGAUUAUAACUAGCUAUAGAUUUGUUGUGUCUUCACCACAGAGAUAAAGCAAUAAGACACAAACAGAUCAUUGUGUCUUUUGAUCAUUGUCAGCGAUCCGGGAACUGAUAGAGACAACGACGAAAGAAGUGUGUUCUCUUAUUUGUGGAUUGUGUGCUGACUUGCUGAGUUUAACAUUUGUUAGUAAACUGUUAUUAGCUACCGCAGCUUAAAAAAAACGAUUUUGCGCAAAUCGGUGAAACACCUCGUUUGUGGUCGUAGCUGCAUGACGUGUUGAUAACAAUCCCUUCUGUUCCCGGUGAGAUCUGUGACUGAAUAAUUUACUCGGUGUAAAAUGAGCUCAGAGGAAGCGGCAGCAGCGAACAAAAACACCGAUGGGGACGGAAUGUCCUGGUGGUACCGGUGGCUGUGUAAGACUGCUGCUGUACUGGGGGGAAUUUCAUGUGCUGUGAUGGGUGUUUGGAAUUGUGUGACUGUGAAGCCAUUAAAUAUCGCUGCAGGGGUCUGGAUGGUGUUGACUGCAUGUGUGUUGUUCAUCUGUGAAGUCCCAUUCUGCUGUCAGUUUGUGGAGUUUGCGAAUGCUGUGGCAGAACGAGCAGACAGGAUGCGACCCUGGCAGAAAGCAGUGCUUUAUUGUGGGAUGGCGCUGUUCCCUGUAUUUCUCGGGCUGUCUUUGACCACGCUGUUUGGGAAUUCUAUCGCCUUUGCUACAGGAGUACUUUAUGGACUCGCUUCCCUUGGAAAGAAGGGGGAUGCAGUUAGCUACGCUCGGCUGCAGCACCAGAAACAAGCUGAUGAAGAAAAACUUGCUGGCAUGACGGAUGGCUCAGUUCCAUGAAUCCUCCCCCUUUUUCCGUUACCGCUCAUACUUCUACCUCUCCUAUCACUCUCUCCAUCUGUAUGUUUGAGAGAUCAUUUGAUUUAUGCUAGAUUUCUGAAUUUCUAUUAAUUAUUAAAUAUAUUUAAUUUUUUGGUGUUUUUAUGUUGCAAGGUUGCUUUGGACAUGCUGGGCUGUUGUGCAGUAAAGUUUUCCUUUUAUUUAUUCAAAGUACAUGAUUCGGACAAUAAACCAACCGUAUAUCCAGAAACCUGAACAGAAAAGCAGAAUGCAUGUAAAUGACUUACUCCCAGUUCUCCUUCAUAUUUGCACCAUUGCUUUCUGCAUCUGUGGGGAAUUGGGAUGAGUGGGAUUUUUUUUUUUUUUUAACUUGAGUAGAACAGUUAUUUCUUCAGGAAGUUAUUUAUAAAAAUCUGAAUUUAUUUUGUCCUCGAGUGAAAGCUCAUAGUAGAUUAAGGGCAGCUAGUUCAAGAUGAUUGCAUGUUAAAUAUGAAAGAUGGAAAAGUGUUUUAUGUUUGUGUGUACAUGAAUUUCUGUCAAGAACCAAACAGAACAGUCUAGUAAACCAGAAUGCCUAUUUUAGGAACAAAAACUGUACUUACUUUACUUAUGCUUUAGAAAACACCAGCAUUAAAGCUUUUUUAAAUUAGGGAUAGUUUAAGAUCAAAGUGUACUUGGAUUUUGUUUUGGUUUAAAUCCUGGUGGUGGGGGAACCCUUCUAAUAAUGCAUGUUGGAGGUAGAAGUGAAGAAAUGGAAGAACAAGGUAGAACAACAAAAUAAACCCACCUGUUUAAGGGCUAGAUGAUUCAGUCCUUUUUUCCCUCAAUCCUCUAGCUAUUUUGGAAAAGUAAAAUUAAACAGCCAUCCACAAAUGAUACCAAACCAAGUAAAUAUACAAUUUAUGUUUACAAUCCAUGCCAUCAAACCAGAACACACUAUUCCAAACCAAAUGCUAAAGUUAGACACAGUAAUAUUUUCUAUGGCUGCCUUACCUCAGUUUGCUCCAGAGGCCAAAAGGAAAAUGAUAGUUCAUAAAACAGGUUGGUUUAAUCAUCAUGAAAUGCACAUCUGUGACUGCAUCACAAUAAUUACAUUCUGUUAAUACACCAGGUUUUUUGUUGCUUAGCAACAAAAUCAAACUAACCAAAUUGCAUGGUAAAAGAAUAACUUAUUGUGAAUAGUAUUAAUAAUAAAUUAUUUUUUUCAGUGAA